GCAGUGCUUGUGGCUGGGUCUGUUCGCUGGACGCCGGCCAGGGAUGCUUCCGCCGGACCGCUGUACGGGUCUUGGGUUGUGGCGGAGGGAUGGCGAAUGUGCAGGUGGCCGUGAGGGUCAGGCCUCUCAGCAAGCGGGAGACCAAAGAAGGGGGAAGAAUUAUCGUGGAAGUUGAUGACAAAGUGGCAAAAGUCAGGAAUGUAAAGGUGGACAGUCGACUGGAGAGCUUUGGAGACACCCGGGAGAAGGUUGUGGCAUUUGGCUUUGAUUACUGCUAUUGGUCAGUCAACCCAGAGGACCCUAACUAUGCAUCUCAGGAAGUGGUAUUCCGGGACUUGGGGACUGAGGUACUGUCUGGAGCUUCCAAAGGCUACAACAUAUGUCUCUUUGCCUAUGGGCAGACAGGCUCUGGGAAGACAUACACCAUGCUGGGGACUCCAGCCUCUGUUGGGCUGACUCCGAGGAUCUGUGAGGGUCUCUUCAUCAGGGAGGAUGACUGUGCCUCGAUGCCUUACUCCCGUAGUAUAAAAGUAAGCUUCCUAGAAAUCUACAACGAACGGGUGAGAGAUCUUUUGAAGCAAUCCAAUCAAAAUAAGUCCUACACCUUAAGGGUCAGGGAGCACCCAGAGAUGGGACCCUACGUCCAAGGUCUGUCUCAGCAUGUUGUCACCAGCUAUCAGCAGGUUCUCCAGCUUCUGGAGGAGGGGAUAGCAAACAGGAUCACAGCAGCCACCCAUGUUCACGAGGCCAGCAGUAGAUCCCACGCUAUCUUCACUAUCCACUGCACACAGGCAACCCUACAGAAUAACCUCCCCUCUGAGACUGCCAGCAAGAUCAAUCUUGUGGACCUAGCAGGCAGUGAGAGAGCUGAUCCCAGUUACUGUAAGGACCGGAUUACUGAAGGCGCCAAUAUCAACAAGUCCCUUGUGACUCUGGGAAUUGUAAUCUCCACUUUAGCCCAGAACUCACAAGUGUUCAGCAGCUGCCAGAGCCUCAAUAGUGCAGCCAGCAGUGGGGGUGACAGUGGGAUCCCUAGCACCACUUCUGGGACCAGCAGCGGAGGGGGACCUGCAAGGAGACAGUCUUACAUCCCAUAUCGGGACUCUGUGCUGACCUGGUUGCUGAAGGAGAGCCUUGGAGGCAACUCCAAAACCAUCAUGGUUGCCACUGUGUCUCCUGCACAUACCAGCUACAGUGAGACCAUGAGUACAAUGAGAUAUGCAUCCAAUGCCAAAAACAUCAUCAACAAGCCACAGGUGAACGAGGAUGCGAAUGUGAAGCUCAUCCGAGAGCUCAGAGAAGAGAUUGAGAGGUUGAAAGCCAUGCUGCUGAACUUUGAACUGAGGAACUUCAGCUCACUAAAUGAUGAUCUGGAUGAGAGCCUGCAAGAGCUAGUCUUCCAGAAUGAUUUGAAGAUAGACACGCUGACUCAACACUGGACUCAGAAGCCAAAUAACCGGCAGGCACUCAUGGAGCAUUACGGUGUGGGCAUCAACAGGAAUAGAGCCAGGGUGGUCAUCGACUCCAGCCUGCCACACCUGAUGGCUUUGGAGGACGAUGUGCUCAGCACAGGCAUUGUGCUUUAUCACCUCAAGGAGGGCACAACAAGAAUAGGAAGGAUUGAUUCAGACCAGGAGCAGGAUAUCGUCCUUCAGGGCCAGUGGAUUGAGAGAGACCACUGCACAAUCACUAGCACUUGUGGGGUGGUCAUUCUCCGGCCUACCCAAGGUGCACGCUGUACAGUCAAUGCGGAGGUCACUGCUUCCUGCCGUCUGACACAAGGAGCUGUCAUAACACUGGGGAAAGCACAGAAGUUCCGAUUUAACCACCCAGCCGAGGCCGCUGCGCUGCGGCAAGAAAGGCUCAAGGUUGGAGAGGUUCUUGGCAGCAGUGGCUCUUUGGAAUGGCUGGAUUUGGAUGGAGAUGUCAGUGCCUCAAGACUGGGUCUCUGUCCUGUGCUCAGGAAGGAGAGGAGAGUGCUGGAAGAGCAGAGUGACAAGGACCAGCAGCCAUUAAGAAAUGGCGAGAUUUCCUACAGAGCCCAGACUGAGCAGCAGCAGUGCCAUGUGGAGGCUCUGAAGCAGCAAGCCAAAGAAGGACAGAGUAGAGUCCAGAAGGAGCUAAAACUGGACCAGACACAUAUCAACCGACAGAUAACAGACAACCAGCAGUGGCUACUCAGAGAAGAGACCUGGCUAUCCAACUUACGAGAGACACAACAAGAAGGCGACUGUGGAGAAGAGAAAGAGCUUGAGGCCUUUGUGGCACCUGAUGCUUGGCUCCCAACAGUUCCUCAGACUCCACCAUCUCCACUGGUCCAAAGCCAGAAGAGGGUGGUGCAGCCCCGGUGCUUGCGGAAACAUACUUCUCGGGCUACAGUGUGGAACAUUAGGCAGAAAAAGGUAUCGUUCCAGCUGGAGAGAAUUAAGAAGCGGAGGCUGCUGGAAGCCCAGAGGAGACUGGAGCAGCUCAAUGCACUCUUCUGGAUCCAGGAUGAUGGCACCUCCAAGGCCCCAAGUCGGGCCUCUAGCUCUAACACCACAGGCUCAGGAUCUCAGCGUAGAAGCAGAUGGACAACUUGCAGCUCUCUGAGUCUCCAGAGGCUCUGCAGUCAACGCCUGUCCCAGCUACGCAGUGCUGUCAUGAACUGGGAUCCUUCGACCAUGUCACCACCUGUGCCUGAUCUGACUCAGCAAAAGCCAGAGAAAACCCUGUCAACAGAUACUGUUCCCCAGGCUACAGCCUGUCCUCCAAGGACAGGAUGCCUGGGCAGGAACAGCCUCCAUUCAUCACGGUGGAGGAAGUUCUCUCCAUCCAGGGGAGCCUCUGUCAGUAGCCAAAAAAUUGAGUCAUUGGGUAAGCAGCCCUGUCAGAUGUCAUCCCAGGGUCAAUCAACUAAGAAACAAAAACCAACAGAUGGUUCAAGGAUCUUCACCCCUGCUGCCCAGACCAAGGCUAAGGGACUAGUAGCCUCUGUCAACACACAAACUGUAUGGCAAAAAGAAGAGAGCUGUGGAACCUACAAGGCUCCUAAGGAAACUACCUCCCAUCCUACGUAUCUCAGCGGAUCGGAGCAAGCAGCUGGGCAUAGAAAAGUAGUCAAGACUUCUCUGGCAGAAUCCAAACCACCUCCUCCAAGCAGGGCAUCAAAAAAGCAUCAGAGGGUGCUGGCAGCUAGGGCCAGAGACAUUGCCAAAAAGUUCUCUCGUUUGUCUUGUGGCUGUCCUUUAAAAAAACAACCUAGUGCAGAGGAUCCAACCUCCUUCACAGAUUCUAGACCUAUAAUGGACCAUGUAAGGGAAGAGGACAAAGAUUUAUCUGACACUGAAAGUAGUUACUCAGUGGAUUCUCUUUCUUACAUCUAUGCCAAAGUCCCAAAGGAGCUGCUGAAACCAGAGGAAAUUCAGGGAAAAUGGGAUCUCCCAGAUCCAGAGAACUCUGAAAGUGAUAACAGUCAAAUAUCUGAGGAUUCACUUGCUGGGAAAGGGCACCAAAGUCUCUCAGAAAACUCUGCAGGUGAAUAUUCCAUGAAGGACCAUGGGCAUUCAAGAGCCAGACCUUCAGCCUCUGUGAGGGGUCUCCCCAUGUACUCAGACAGUAGCUUAUGUACUCAUACAGACAGGAGCUUUUCCUUGCACAGCCUAAUUGGUCCUGAACAUAGGCAAGGGGAGCCUUUCCUUGGCUCUGCUGAUGAGAUGCCUACAGAGACUUUCUGGCAUCCGCAGAAGGCCACCCUAUCUGCAAUAGACAAUGGACAGGGGGCAACGGACAGGCCUAGCCCUAUCAACCACAGAGUGGGAGUCGGGGUCAAUAAUAUUCUGCCAAAAAGCAAUUCAUUUUACCAUGAUCUUCAAUACCAGCCCCGUUGUGAGCAGCUUGAGUCAGAAAUGGAGACCAGCUAUUCCGAACAAAUCAACCCUCUCCAAGGUAUUCAACUUGCAAGAGAGAGCCCCCUGUUAUCUGUGGAUUCCUGGUUUUCUUGCGACUCUAAGGUCAAUCCCAGCAGUCCCUCAGGGGUCAUACAUUCUCUAUGUCCAAGUCCUGACAUACAUGAAACUCAGCCCUAUAGUGAGAAGCCCCGACACUGGCUAAGCAGUGAAGAACCAAGUACCUGCAAACCUCCCCAAACUAGUACUGAGCCACCCUGCAGUUCAGAUUUGUAUGCAACUUCUGCUUCUGAUACAUCCAAGCCCUCAGUUUGUGGAAGCCAAAGACUCCUUCAGCCAGGAGUUGAUGGAUUCUUUCAGGGCAGAGAAAUGCCUGACAUGACCAACCAGGGCAUCUCUGAAGAGUCCCACAAUUCUGACAUGUCAAGUGUGCUGGCUACCUCUGCCACCUCGUUCACUCAUGUACAUAGUAUUAAUAAGAAGGACUGGGCUGCCCUUCAUCAAGAAUAUCUCCUUGAACUCUCUGAUUCUACUUUUGAAGCUGUAGGAGAGCCCAGGCCAGCUUUCCCCUUCCUGGAGGAAGACUCUAGCUCCCUGGCUAAUGCUUCUGAUAAAGUAGACUCUCAGUUGCCCACUGGCCCUGGGUUAUCUAGAAAUUUAGAUUUCUGCUCCUUUCCAGCCCACCUAUCCCAAAUCAGGCACUUAAAUGCAGAGAAAGACCAUGACAGUCUGAGUGCCAACGUAGAAAGUGCUUCUGAUCUCUUCAGUACUGUUGAGAGGAUGAGCUGUAAUGAGGCAUACCCCACAGACAUAGAGUCUCUGACUUCUGGAUCUAUAAAUGCACAGGCCUGCACAGCAGGAAAUUCGAUACCAAGUUCCAUGACAGAAGCAUGGGAAGUCAAUCAGGCCAGCUUGGAAGGGUGCCUUCAGGGUGGCAGACAUUCUGCACUGAAAACUUCCUCUGGGCAGUAUUUCUUCCAGAAGAGGGCUUAUCACACUUAUGACACCUCAGCCUCUGAAGUAGAUUAUUUACCUCAAGAUGAGACUCUUCUCAGGAAAAAUACUCCAGUUCAACCAGGACUAUUAAGUAACAACAGCCACCAGCACCCCCUGCUGGAAGAGAAGGUGGCUUCCCAGGAGUGCUCCGAGGAAGUAGCUGGAACACACAUAGAUGCCUGUUGCACUUUCCCUUCAGGUCCAGAGCUGUUCCUGCACUCUGACCCUUGGAGCUCUUUUCCAUCCUUCCUGCAGUCGCCUUCCCUGGAAACAUUCUAUGUAACCAAAAGCAGGGAUGCCCUGACAGAAACUGCCUUAGAGAUUCCAGCCUGCAGGGAAGCCUGGGUGCCCUCCCCACCCCCUAGAGAAGCCUGGGGCUUUGGUCAUAGUCAUCAAGUCCCCCAGAAAGCUCACAAGAAAAAUAAUUUGCCCAAGUUGUCCCAAAGUCAGAAUUCUAAGAUUGAUUCACCUCAUCAGACAAUAACCAAAAGGCCAACGGAUAUGAAUAUAGGGGAAGUUACUGGAGAACUGGGGAAACUGCCCAGAAAUAUGAGAAAAGAAGAACCCCAUGAUUCUGCUUACUGUUUUGUUGCUCAGAACAGACAGCAUCUCCCUUCUACCAGACUCAAAGCUUGUGAAUGUAGAAAUCAACUUGGAAUUUUAAAUAAGUACAGCCUCUCAGUCCAUGAGGAUGGAGAAGGGGCCUCUGCAUGGCAUCACUGCAGUGUUGCCUUCAAUGGCUCUGAGUCAAAGACUUUGCUCUUCAUUUGUGAUUCUAAGGCAAGUGGGGAAGAACAGAGUCCACUCCUGCCAGAGACGCAGUCCUCUAGUAUGCACAGUCAGUCUCCUCCUGGAGACAGGUCUGAUUUCAUUGGUAAAAUCACCAAUUUAGACCUGGAGAAGGUAAUGCCAGAGGAAACUGCUGUUUCCUUGAAAUCAAGAUCACUCCACUGUCGAAGUAGCCCUGCGAUCAUGGCAGGAGGUAGGAGUCCCACCCACAGGUGGGAGGGGAGGAAUGAAACUGUGCUUCUCAGAGAAGUGAUUUCCAAAGACAUCCGAGAAGAAUUUAGUCUUCCAGGAACCCAGUAUACCUGUGAAAGAUGCCAUCUAGUUAUGUGCUCUCAGGAAAGAAAGCCCACUGAAUGCAAGGCCCAUGGGCAGUCACAAGAAAUACAGUGCAAAGAAAAACCUUUGGGAGAGAAACAGAAUAAAAGGGUUAAUAGUACUGAUGAAAUGGCUAGGCUGAUCAGGAGUGUAAUACAGCUGGAAACUGGCAUCUUAGAAAUCGAAUCCAAGCAGAAUAAGCAACUUCAUGCUUCCCACACGCCAAGUACAGAACUUAUGCUCCAGGACUUACAGGACCAGAAGAAGACUGACCAGGUCCCCGAGCCAGAAAGUUCUGGAAAACAUUUGUGCUUUGAGGAUUAUCCAUCUUUUCCAAUACAGAUAGAAGAUGGUAUCUUUGAAGACAACAAAGCUAGAGAAAUAGAGGGUAACAGUGCAAUUAGUAAUAAUGCUCAGGUCCAGAAGAUCACAGGAAGCCCCUUCAGAUCAAGGGACUGUAAGCAAACAAGGGGGUCUGAGAGAGAGCACGCAUACCCACCACCUGGAGCACACAGACUUGCCAGGGAUACAUGUGGUUCUUUGGGGAAGGGCGAAGCUCUCAGAAAGCCUAGCAACAUGUCCCUUCACCCUAGGAGAAUGAAAGCAUUAGCUAGAUCUCUGCUAUUGCAGCGCAGCCUGGAGAGAGCUGAGAAGGAUGAUGAGCUCCUAAAAGCAUCAGCAAAGUUCCAAGAGCAGACUUGGGCCUUGGAAAGUCUUGAGGAACUGGAGAGUGUGGAAAGUUUUCAGGAAAGCCAAAUUAUUACAGUCCCAAGUGAUUCAGAAUUGGAGGAUGUAAAAACUCCAGGGAGAGUUGAAGAAAUGACAGUGGACAGGGGAGGGAACCUGAAGGAAAAAGAGAAUGUGGAAAUUUCUACUCCCAGCCAGCACUGGAAGGGCACAGUUUUCAGGCAGGAGACUGUCUCCCCAUUCCAUAACCAGAGAGACUUCUCUGCAGCUCUUCCUUAUGGAGAGCUGAGUGGUAUCCAACCCGUGCAUUCUCCAAGCUUCCCAAGAAGCUGUUGUCAUUUCUCUGAUACCAAAGGUGUCUCUUCAUUUGAGAACAUAUUAGAACCUACAAUGUUGAAAACAAAUAGAAAUUUUUUGGCAACUGGAGUAGGGGAUCAGGAUCAUAGUGGGGAGACUGGAAGCAGUAGCCUGCAGGGAAGUGUUUCUGGGGAUACUUCCACCACACACACUCCCUGGGGUGGAUCUGUAACGCCCAUGCUCAUGAGAGCUAAUGGUCAGUCUGUUACAUCAGACAGUAUACAACUAGAGACAGAGGACUGGAUAACAGAAAGCACCAGCUCCCAAGAAGACCAGGAAGGGGACUUCAGAGUUACUUACACAGGCUUGACUACUCAGGAAGGUCUGGGUUCUGAAUCUGAGGCAACUGUACAAAAAGAAACAAAAACCAGUUCUUUGGAUACUGUCUUAAGGCAGACUGAAAGGAGGGUCAGUUUCCUUUUACAAGAAGAUAGUAAUCAGGGUGAAGAGGAAAGGCAGAAGGCAGAGGAGAAGUCAGAAGACCAACAACUUCCUAACUCUGCUUGCUUACCACCGGUGUCUGUACUGAAAGGACCUGAUCCAGAGCCUCUGCUACUACCGGACUCCUCUGUCCAUGCAUCCAUAUGCCUGGCUAUCUUGGCAGAGAUCAGGCAGGCAAAAGCACAGAGAAAGCAGCUUAAUGACUUUGUGGCUGAGGGGACAGUCCUUCCUUAUGAGACGUCACAAGAAGCUGAGUGUUUUUCAGAGGCUGCUGGUAGGUCUCAGACACAGACAGUUACGUUAGGGUGGGAUAGCACCAGGAACGAUGCUAAGACACAAGGACUGCAUGUGGCAGCUCCACCUCCUGUGUUUGCAAACCUCUUGGCUGAUGAGAGGAGAGCCCAGGCCAGUGCAGGGAGCCUUCAACAUGUGCUCAAUCCUGAAACUGAUAGAGGGCCACAGCAUCAUUUGUUGGCUUCUUCUCACAUUAUUUCAGGGCUAGAAGAAAGAUACUGCACUGGAGAAGCAAGGCAAUUUUGUGGAGCAAGAGGAUGGUCUGAUUUUUCUGAAGUCAUCGAAAAAAAGAAAGAAACAUCUAGAACAAUGUCCUCUGUUGGUCCUUUGGACUCAGACAGGCUUCUUUCUAUACUAGCUGUAGAGCAGAAUGAGAGGGUAGGAUCAGAGAAAGUGUCUGUCGUACCUUCUCAAACUUCUUGUGAUGGUCCUGGGAGGAUUCUGCAUGGGCAAAGUCAGUUGGCUGCAUGGGAGACUGCAGAGGAUAUAUCCUUUGGUGGGAAGGACACUGUCCUGGGUCAUCAAAAACCUAGAAGUCUAGAUAGCACAUGUGGAGGAGACUCAGGUAAGGUCUCAGUGAGCACACAGAAAGGAAAAACAGUCCAUUCUGAGUGUCAGUCUGUGAUCCGUACUGUUGAUAAUACUGUGUACCUUUCUCAGCCUAAGCAAGACCAUGUGCAGUGCUCAGAUGCUUCUGCUGGCUUAGAAGGAGUGAAGGCAAGUCCAAAGUCAUGUGUUCUUCAGCCUGGAGCUCCAAGAAAGGUUGAAGCAGAAGCUAACAUAUGGCAUCCUGUCAAGUGGAAGAACGUUGACUCUGGUCUGGCAGAAGUAUGUGGGAGUGACAGCAAAAAUCUAAGGUCAACUCCAUUUAUAGAUAAAAGACCAAGCCUGCAUCCCAGUGGAGUUAGAGAAGAGGCUCCAGGUCUGUGCCCAGAAGAGCGCCUUGUCUUCAAGGGGAACACUGGAGGCAGCAGGCCACUUGGCUUAUCUUAUGGGGAGGAAGAGAAUUGCCCUCACCUAAGUGGUUCUCAGCCUGCUGCUGCUGUUCACGACUGUCGCUCUCAUUCCUCUACUCUGCCAUGUUAUAGAGAUGGUGUCCUUAGGAAGGGAACUCUCUGGGCUGCUCCACAUCCUGACCACUCACUUUUUAUAGUACCAUCUAGGGUCUGCGAAGUGGAUGGAGCAGGAGAGAGCUUUUCCAAAGACUCUCAAGUGUCUUUAGCACAUGGCCUCAAACAUAAAUGUGGUCCAGUAGACAACAGCAUUCCCAACCCACCCACUACAGCUCUUGUCUCCUCUCCAGCUCAAAGCUGCAGCUGCCUUUGCACCUCAGAAAUGAGGGCAAAUUGCCUCACCCACACUGUUGCUAAGGGAAGAUCAGUGGACGGUUCUGGGGAAAAGACAACAGGGAAGAAGGCCAGCACUGCCCCUGAGGAUUCUUAUCCAUCCAGCCCUGCAGGCAUGAGCUCUGAGCCACGAAGAACUCUGAAGAAUAACUCUGUAAGUGAGAAUGUACAGGCAUCACAAACAACACCAGAACAACCUGCGGUGACUCAGAGACCAUAUUCAAAUGAAGAAUCUGUUGACAGUAAGCUGGAGAUAGCAGCUCAGUUUGGGCAUUUAGAAAAUACCAUCAGAUGCUGUUCAAAAAAGAUGCCACCUUCCACUAAGGUCGGGGGUCACAGUUGCUUGGAUUCUCAAGCCAAAUUUGUAGACAUGUUGAAACAUACCUGCCACCCUCAGAUUGAAACUUCAUGGGAAGAGGAAGAACAACAGAGAGACCAGGUCUCAGGAGAUGGCAAAGUCCAUGCCCAGGUCAGAAAUCUAGUAUCUUCUAACAUUGGUAGCUUUGAUGGCUGUCAGACUAUAGAUGGUGAAAGAAAGGAGAUAGUUGUAGCCAAGUCUUCUGCGUCCCAGACUUUCUUUUCAGACUUUGAAGCCCAAACUGAACCAUCACAGCCUGCUGCCCAGACUCCUAGCCAGCUCUGCUCUGAUAGGGAGCAGCUGCCUCCCAGCCACAGGCACUUGCUUCCUGUGAUUGCAAUCUUCUCUGGCCCCAAGCGUGCCAGGUACUCCCCUAGACCUCAGUUUACUGUGGUCAGCUCAUCUCGGUCUCUUCAAGAACUAAAUUUGAGUGUGAAUCCUCCUUCGCCAACAGAUGAAGAUGCACAGGGGCCAAAUUGCUUGUGGAGCCCACAUCUCAGGGGUCAUUCCUCCCAAAAGCCAGUAUCAACAUCUCAGAAGUCUCAAGAUUACAGUCAGAAAGCCUCGUGUAACUUGAGCAAUAGCCACACUGAUCACAGACCCUUGAACCCUGUCAUUCCUCCUUACCCAACGUCUUCCACUGUGUCAUGUAUGCCAACCCCUGAGUUCAUGACUACCUGGAUGCCUGGGGCUUUGGAACAGGCCCAUCCAGGAAAGACAGAUAAACUGAGUGUCCAGGGUAUGCCAGAGAAUUGGCAUUCUCAGGUGGACAAAGAAAUGCUGCACUUUGAUUCUAGUAACUUAAGUCCCUAUGUCCUGCCCUGGUGUCCACAGGGACCUGUGCAUAUUGGUUGGAAGCAAUAUGUGUUUGGAAGUGCAGUUGAUGUCUCUGGUAGCCAGAAAUCUCAGUGCCUAAUACAAUCAAAAAUGGCUCAGUGUUCUAGCAUGGACAAUGUCCUAGAAGACAAGAAAUCUCCAUUUCACUUCCAUCCCAAGACUGAUGCCCAAACCCAGGAUUUGCAAAACAUACACAGUGGCAUUGGGAAUGACCAGAGUUCAAAUGAGCUGCCUCUGGCUGGAGGGAGUACCACAGCUCAGGUAGAUGAGAUUAUAUUACUCUGCCCACCAGAGACAGGCUGUGCUGGGGGGGAGGCCAGUAUGAAUACCUUCGAGCAGGGAACACGGACCCUGGGCAGCAGGCUUCACUCAAAUUGCAUUGAUGUCUCUGUUCAGCCUGAUGCCAGGACAAUGUCAGACUCUGAUCUAGCCUCCUGGACCAGGAUGCACAACCUGUCUCUCCACCUUUCACAGCUUCUGCAUAGUACUUCAGAACUGCUUGGGAGUCUCUCACAGCCAAGUGUGGUCAUAAAGGAACAGAAUGGCAACAGUGAAUCCCUAGAUGAGGCCCAACAGGCCCUUAUGAUGGAUGGUUCUACUCAGACCACUGUGGAUGAGGGGAUCCAGACAGACCUGGCCUUACCUCCUCUGGCCUUCCAGGCGCCAGAGGUCAAGUCAGAGGAAGUCAGUGUGAUCCUUCACGUGAUGGACUCAGGUAUUACCACUGUGGCUCAAGAAAAGGGAGAUGUCCCAGUGGUGUUUCAGAAGAAAGAGGCAGAGGAAGCAGCAGAACCCCCAGAUCUCCACAAAGGAAGUACCCACGUUAAACUGCAGAGCCCUCCUGUGACCUCACCACACUUGAGGUUUCAGAAAGCUGAUUUUGGGCAGAACUUUACUUUCAUGAACCCCCCAGCUUCUCCUGAUGGUUCCCCACUUCCCAGUCUGCAGCCAGAGGAAUCUUGCAUGGUGGUCAACAUGUCCAGAAUCUCACACCACUCAAGGCUCACCCUUGGUGCUUCUGAGUUCACCCAAGAGCCUAGCACCCAGAAUAGGUUGGGCAGCUCGAGUGCUGUGCUGGUGGAUAGGGCGUCCUCUCCAAUCCUUACAUUUAGUGCCAGCAUCCAGGAGCUGAGCAACCCCUUAGCCUGUUUGACUCUAUCAGUUCCCUCGGCUCAUCCUCUUGAAAACUUCCAGAAGCUUGACAUCAAUCCAGACCCUGAAGUUGGUGACCUAAGACCUCCAAUGGGUAAUUCUCAAGCCACUGAUAAGGCUGGCGUCUCUCAGAGAGCUGAGUCUGUGGACAGAGAAGUCAAGAGCCCCUUAGGGAAACGUUCUGAGAGAUUGUUUCUUUAUUCUAGCUCCCCUUGCAGCCCACAACAGAGCUCUAGUCCCCAGGUUAGUUUCUCAGGAAAGUCCCCUCAGCAGCUUCAGCUCAAGAGCACCACUGGAGACCAAAGCAAACCACCAUCUUCACCACCAAGGCACAGGAUCCUUGAUGAUAGCGUUGUGUCUGAGACGGUGGCUUCCACAGAGCAUGGUCCACCAAGCAGUGGGAGGCCCAGUCAGUGCCAGGGCAGGGCAGCAAAUGAGGAUGGGAAGUCAGUGUUUAUGGAAGAGCCACAACCCAACGUGGACCGACCUUCAUCACGGAGAGGUCUUCAGCCCCUUAGCCCUUGUCAGAUCUCUGCUACUACAGGGCUUCAAAGUCCUGCUGUAGAUCCACCUCAGGUCUGCCAACCUGUGGAGCUGCUCUGUCCUGGUUCACAAAAGUAUGUGGCCUCUGGUCCCCAGCAUCACAACCUCAGGGACUUCUCAGUUCAUAACAAAUUUAAUAACUGGUAUGGAGUUCAGGAUGGACCUUGCAAAAGUCUGCAUGUAGGUGACAGUUUAGGGGUCAGAUGUGACUUGAGUUCUGUAGGGAAACAAAGGCCCCUGCAACCUUCUGACAAAUACAGCCAGGAACCCGAGUACCUACGAUUGGAACACAUCCCCUUACAAGCUGGGGUCCAGAAGCCUUCACUCAGUGUGGAACUCACAGAAGCAAAACUACACCAUGGCUUUGGGGAGACAGAUGCUCUGCUGAAGGUGCUGCAAAGUGGGACAGGGGAGGUGUUUGCUCCUGAAGAACCUGCUAUGCUCUCCCAUGAGGAGUUCUACACUAGGCAGAAAAAGACUUUUGAGACCCUCAGGAGAGAAAGGACUGAGCGACUUCAUAACUUUCGUCGGACACGAAGCCUCAGUCCCCAGAAACGACUCCGCUUCCUGCCCAGCAAGGACCUCCCCACCGGGGAACUUGACUUGCCCAGCAGACGCCAAGAGUACCUGCAGCGCCUGAGGAAGCAUGUCGUGGAAACCACUAGAAUCCCAGAACCAGCACCAAGAUUAGCCUGCCCUCCCUCUGACAUUGAGCUCAUGCUUCAAGAGUAUCGUCAGGCCCGUGAAGAGGCCAAGGCAGAGAUCGCACAGGCUCGAGAUCGGCUCAAGGAGCGGAGUGAACAAGAGAAAAAGAGAAUCCGCCAGCAGAUCAUCUCCCAGCUGCUGAAGGAAGAGGAGAAACUACAGAUUCUAGCCAACUCCAGCUCCCUGUACACCAGUUCCAAUGGAAGCCUAUCUUCUGGUGCCACGUCUGAUUACAACAGCAGCCCAGCCUUCUUGGGCCACCUCCAGUCCCUAGAGGUUUUGGAGGACUCUCAAGUGCCAGAUUCCCAAGACACUUGGAUAGGGGACUGGCGGGGCCGGUCCACAGUGAGGAACAGUUACCUGUAUCUGACUGGGUCUUCCUGGAAGAACUUAGCUCACAGCUGCAGAGCCUCGAUGGGUAGUGGCUGCUGCUCUCCCUCCAGCCUGUCCAGCUUAGGAACCUGCUUCUCCUUCCCCUACCAAGACUUGGCCAAACACAUUGUUAACACAUCAAUGGCUGAUGUAAUGGCUGCUUGUUCGGAUAAUCUCCACAACCUCUUCAUCCGCCAGGCAUCAGCUGGCUGGAACUAUCAGGGUGAGGAGCAAGAGGUACAGCUUUACUACAAGGAAUUCUCUUCUACUCGACAUGGAUUCUUGGGUGCAGGUGUGGUGUCCCAGCCACUCUCUCAAGUGUGGGCAGCUGUGAGUGAUCCCACUUUGUGGCCUCUGUAUCACAAGCCCAUCCAGACAUCAAGGCUACAUCAGCGAGUGACCAACAGUAUCAGCCUGGUGUACUUGGUGUGCGACACCACACUGUGUGCGCUGAAGCAGCUACGAGAUUUCUGCUGUGUCUGUGUGGAAGCCAAAGAGGGACACCUAUCAAUCAUGGCAACUCAGUCUGUGUAUGAUGCAUCCAUGCCAAGACCUAGCAGAAAAAUGGUCAGAGGAGAGAUCCUUCCCAGUGCUUGGGUCCUGCAGCCUGUUAUCUUGGAGGGGAAAGAAAUAACCAGAGUCAUCUUCCUUGUCCAGGUGGAGCUGGGUGCACCAGGCUUCCCUCCCCAUCUUCUCAACUCCUUUAUCAAACAGCAGCCGUUGGUUGUGGCCAAGCUGGCAUCUUUCCUUCGCCGUUAGUGUUGGGCCAUGGAGACAGCACUGCUGAGGUGUAGGCCCAGGACACCUGAGACUCCAGCUGCUUCUAGACCCAGAGGCAAGAGGAGCCAGCAACCAGUACUUAGUACCUGGUUACCUCUGAAGAGUGAGCAACCUGAAGCUUCUGGCCGUAGCUGUCCAGAGGAUGAAAUCAGCUCACCUUCAGGAUGUCUCCCCUUUAUUCCUGCCUCUGGGGCUCAAUGGCACCAAGUGUCCAAAACUGGAAAAGGCCCGCAGAGCUGGAGACUGCAGUGCUUUGGCAAGGUGCCUUCUUGGCAGGCAGGCACUGGCCAAGGUGCUCUGGAUCUGCCUCCAAAAUUCAGUUCCAUUUUGUGAUGGCGUGGCAGAAAGGACCAAAAACCAUACAGUUUAAAGAAUCAUCUACACAAACCAAA